ACUAUAUCCAGUUGAGAAGAUAGACCUACCUUACAUUUCACACCGUUAAGUUCCAAGUGUAGAAACCAUGAAGGGACUAUUCACCCUCCUUUUCGCGGUGGCAACUGUCGCUGCUCCCGCAAAACACCAUGCGGUCCCCGCCACCAGCUCUUCAGCUAAUUCCGAGCCACCGAGAUUGGCUCAGUACGCUCCGACCAAAUACGUCAAUAUCAGCGACGGCACCCAGAUUGCCUACCGACGCUUCGGCAAAGCAAGCGAGUUCCCGUUGCUCUACCUCAACCACCUGCGCCAGAGCAUGGACGUCAUUGACCCGUUGCUGAUGAACCACAUUGCCGAAAACCGGGACGUCAUCGUAUUCGACAACCUGGGGGUUGGCCACAGCCAGGGCGAAGUCCCGGCCUCGCUGGAAGUAAUGGGCGUAGUGGCCGUGGAACUCCUUGCAGCCCUGUCCGUUCCCAAAGUCGACAUUCUCGGCUUCUCCAUGGGCGGUGCAAUUGCCCAGUACAUCGGCAUGGAGUAUCCCCACGUGGUCCACAAACUUGUCUUGGCCGGAACGCAAUCUGCCGUUGGACCAGGCGUCCAAUUCCCUGAUCCUUCAAUCUUCGCUCUCGCGGCGGGCAACGGGUCCCAGCCGACCGAGGAGGCGAUGCUGACGCUGUUCUUCAGCGCCACGGAGACGAGUCUGGCGCUUGGCCACGCGUGGUGGAGACGGCUCUCGCAGCGCAAUGUCAAGGGCGAGGACAGGAUCGCGUUCGUCGAGGGCGCGGGAAUCAACGCGCAAUUAACUGCCAUCUCCGCGUUCGCCUCGAACGCUACAUACUUCGACCGCCUGCAGGAGGUUUCGGCAACAACCUUGGUGACCAACGGCGCAAACGAUGUCAUGGCCCCGACGGUAGACAGCUACAUUUUGCAGCAGCAGUUGCCCCGCGCUGAGCUGCACAUCUACCCGGACUCGGGCCAUGGGCACCUGUUCCAGUUCCCGGAGCUCUAUGCGAGGAAUCUGGAGACCUUCCUGGAGAACUAG